AAUAGGUUACUGUAGUUGUCUGUUAACUUUAAGCAUAACGAAAUAUAAUAUACUAUAUAGCCCAUUGGCCAUUAGGCAAUAUUGCCCAUUGCUUUAAGUAGAUAAUAUUAUUUAAUAAAAAUAAAAAUAUAGUUUAAUUAUURAAGUACAAUGUACAUGUACACCUGUGUUUCGUUUCAUUAUUGAACCAACGUGYUUGAUUGAAUGCGAAUAUGUGGUGACCAUUGACCAGAAAUAAAUCUUAUAACAUUAWUAAUUACUGGCAGGUAUUUAUMUUGRACKCAAAUUCCCAGGAAAGUUGUUAUUGUUUUCCUUGUCAAACAAAAUUUGUCAUUCACACCUAAAUGUUUUACUCUGACGUAGCUGAUGAGAACAGCUUUGUUGAUAAUAAUAGUCAAAAUGUUUCCGUCAAACUAUACGAAACCGAAUGGAGAUAUCUAUUCAAUAUCACCAACACUGAUGAACUACGAGUCACCGCUAUCAAAGCCAAAUUGCGGACAUCUAGAUUUAGAAGUGUGUGUUGGCGUCUUUUGCUGGAAAUACUGCCACCGAAUUCAUCUGAAUGGUUGAUGACUAUUGAAAAAUAUCGGUCACUCUACAAUCAAAUUAAAUCGACACAUUACAAUGAUCCACAUACACAAGAUUCUGGACCGGAUGACCCACUGUCACAAGACGAAGAUAGUAUUUGGAAACAAUAUUUUAAAGACAUUGAAUUAAGGAACAUUAUUGAACAAGAUGUGAUACGAACUUCCCCAGAUGUUGAGUAUUUUAAAGCGAAAAAAAUUCGAGACAUAAUGAUCGAUAUAUUGUUUUGUUAUUCAAGAGAACAUCCUGAUUUGAGCUAUAGACAAGGUAUGCAUGAAAUCCUAGCGCCAUUGUUGUUUGUUCUCCAUUGCGAUCAUCAGGCAUUACUUCAUGUUUUGGAACAGUCAUCUUCUGAUGUYAGUGAUAUAAUCCAGAAAAUUCUAGAUCCUACAUUUUUGGAAGCAGAUGCAUAUUCUUUAUUUAAUACUAUAAUGGAAAUAAUGAAAGACAAUUAUAACGCUAACGAUUUUAUCGAAUCUACGUCAAAACCAACUAAGCAUGUAAAGACUACUAGUUCUUCAUCUGAUAGUGAAGUUGUUAAAAAACUUUAUAAAAUACGUGAUACAAUGUUGAUUAAACAUGACCCAGAAUUAUAUGGUCAUUUAGUGGAUUUGGAUAUUUCAUUUUCUACUUUUGGACUUCGUUGGUUGAGAUUGCUGUUUGGUGGAGAAUUUUUAUUAGUUGAUGUAUUAGUGUUAUGGGAUGCUAUUUUUGCCACAUCACCUCAAGACUUUGCAUUGGUUAAUCAUAUUUUUGUUGCUAUGUUGGCCCUUAUAAGAAUUCAACUACUAAAAAGUGACUUUAUAAACUGUUUAAACUAUUUAAUGAGAUAUCCCCAUGUCGAUGUGAUGACUGUUAUUGAAUAUGCAUUACAUAUGCUUGAUCCCAAGAUAUACAUAAUGCCAUCUAUUAUAAAUUCUCUUAAACAUGAUAAGAGUGACAAUAUAAAAUCUAAUAUUACUGAAUACCACAUAGAACGGCCAUCUAAACUUAUUAGUUAUGUAUCAAGACCAACGAGAAAUUCGGCAGAUGACCUACUCGAAUUGUGUAGAAUUAAAUUGUUGCAGUAUCAUUCCAUUUUAGAUCCAGCUGUUCCUAUUCAUAAUAAAGAGGCUAGACAAGUUCUAACUGGAAUGUUAGAAUUGUGUGGAAUGCUUAGUUCGCGUCAAGGCAUUAUAGAAAUGGGUAAAGAUGUUGUGCGGAGUACAACGACUCCAAUUGAAACACUUCUAACACCCGAAACACCAGAAGGAGGACCAUUGUUACCUCCUCCUGCCUCUGCUAUUACUAUGAAGGUAUUUCGCAAGACAGAAAAUUCAACUGAUUCAAUGAUACAAGGAGCACCAACAAAAAAUCCAUUGAAACAAAUGAAACGUUUUAAACGAGACAACGAUAAUACAGUCCCAGUCAUAUCUUUCCCGAAGAUUACCAGAAUUAUCGGAGUUCACAGCAAGAGUCUCUAUAAAGACCUAAAAAUCAACAGGGCAGUACAAAUGAGAACACCCAUUCAGUAUGCCUACACUGAAGGAGAUGUUAAAGUCGAAUUACAGCCCAUCGGCACGAAUAAGCAGCAAUACCCGCAGCAGAUGGCUGCUAACAGCGUCAGUGAAAGCAGAAUCAAUUACAACGGUGAGAUAGCGAGAUUCUUCAAGCGGGAAGACCAGCAGAGCGAUGAUGAUCACGCAGAUAGAAACCUGAGAGAACAACAAAAACAUUCCGGACAGACAAACUACUCGGACAAUUGGAAAUCGUCCAGAACACUGCCGGAAAACCAGCUAAAAUUGAAUAGACCCUGCGUCCAUACUGCCACCGGCUCUUCCGUGACUAUGAAGAUCGACGGACAGACUAAUCGGGUGACUUUAAUAAAACCUAAUGACUUAGUUGAACGAAAAAUGUUCAAGAAGAAUUUGUAUCCCAGGCCCAUUUGUUCAUACCCUGGUUUGAUUGGACUGGCGCUGAAAAGCUCACCAAAUGGCUUCAUGUGCAUCAGCGACAUCUUCAAGUUCGUGUACAUUAAUUUUCCCUACUUCCGGAAGACGACUGAACAAUGGCGGCGCUAUAUACGCCAAUAUCUGAACGAGAACACGUUGUUCCUGACACUGGACAAUGAACCCACUAGCGAGUUAAAUUCGGGGUCCCCGUUGCAGACCAAUCUCUUGUGGCGGGUUAACCCAUCGAGAGCUUGCAAAGUAGAUGACGAGAUCGCGGCCUGGGUGCGAAAGGAUCCGUUGCCAAAAAAAACUAUGUUCGAUCCCCAACGAUUUGAAACACUAGUAAAGGACGUGAUGUUUACUUCGAAUAAAUCAAUGUUUGGCCGUAGUGGUAGACGCAAUGACGGCAAUUUUGGUAGCAGGUGGAUUGAAAACAGUACAAGCAGUGAUAACGGAAACGAUGACGGCAGUAACAAUAGUGAUGUUAUCAACAGCAGUAGCAGUCAAAAGGAGGGAGAUAAUUCUUUUGAGGUGGUGACGUUAACGCUCGAAGAAAUUGAAAAUCGGUUGGAAGAACAAGUAUUGUCAGGCGUACCGAGGAAACUCGGGGUUAUUUGUUUGCAGAAGAAUGGAGAGACACCAAUCAGCACUCACGGGGUAAGUCCGAACCCGCUGAUAGAGAGGCGCAACCACGGUUCUAUCUAAGCAAAUAAUCGUGGGUGCGAACUAUCAGCACAAUCCACAGAGGAAUAUGCCGAUCUGGUKCGCCAAAACCGCUGCCGCAAGCGAUGAACGGUUAUACGUCGAACAAUAUUAAUGUUAAUUUUUAAAACUUUUUUAAUUCGAUUUUAUAGUAUUUUUACAGUUACAUACGUAUAUGUAUUAUUGUUGCUCAAAUUAUUAUUAUUAUUAUUUUCCAAAUUUUUGACUAUAAUAAAACGCGAACCAUGCAGCUAU